GGACUUUUCAAUUUCUCUAUCCGAUAGCCAAUCGGCGUGUCCGGAAAACUCGUCUCGCCAAAACCUUCGAAUCGCACGUGGUGCGUUGGAGAGAAACGCGUCAAUGUGAUGCAAUGUGCGAGACCUUUAAACGAAUACCGCAUAUUUCUAUCACUUUUCAUUUUUUUUUACGAUUAAAUAAACAGGACAAAAUUACGGUGCUCUCAUGCUCUCAUCGUCCUUCGAUCGACAGACUUUAUCUCGUCCAUAACCUGCUUGCUUAAUGAUAUUUCCCUUUUCGACGCGAAAUGGCGAAAUGCGCCUACUUUUUGCUUUGCCAGCCGAAACGUUCGAGAUUUCUGCGUACGUGUGAUCGAACGUUAAACGCGAUACGAAAAUUUGCGGACGACAGGCCGGCUAUCGUCCUGGGAAUCGAAACGAGCUGCGACGAUACGGGAUGCGGAAUCGUAGAUACCGCGGGGAAGAUAUUGGGCGAAGCGAUAAAUUCGCAGCAUCUUACGCACUUGAAACACGGUGGCAUAAUACCUACAAUUGCCAGUGAAAUGCAUAGGCAACAUAUUACUACGGUCUGCGAGGACGCACUCAGAUCGGCGAGUCUAAGAUUAAGGGAUAUAGAUGCUAUCGCGACUACAACUAAACCAGGUCUUCCCAUGUCGCUUGACGUUGGAAAUAACUUUGGCAAAUAUCUCUCUAGGAUUGGUAACAAACCGUACAUACCCGUACAUCAUAUGGAAGCUCACGCGUUAACUGUACGGAUGGUGCAGAAAGUAGACUUUCCUUAUCUUGUUUUGCUUGUAUCAGGUGGCCAUAGUUUAUUAGCGAUCGUUGAGAAUGUUGAUAAGUUUUACUUGCUGGGCACUACGGAAGAUAAUGCACCCGGUGAAAUUCUCGACAAGAUCGCUCGUAAGUUAAAGCUCGCGAAUAUACCGGAGUUCUCGCGUAUGAGCGGUGGCCAAGCGAUAGAAAGCGCAGCGAGCAAAGCGUCAGAUCCAACCAAGUACGUUUUUGAGCCUGUCUUGACAAGAAAGAGAAAUUGUCAAUUCAGCUUCGCGGGUGUAGCAAACAAAGGUUUUCGCUGUAUCGAUAAAAAAGAAAAAACUUUUGACAUUGCUGAUAGUACGGCGAUUCUCGACGUGUAUAAUUUCUGCGCUGGCCUACAAAUGUCUAUUGCAAAGCACAUAUGUCUCAGAACGCAGAGGGCAAUGGAAUUCAUUAUCAAUAUGAAUUUGAUAUCGCAAGAGAAGCGAACUCUGGUAAUAUCUGGCGGAGUGGCUUGCAAUAAUUUCUUGGCAAAGGCUUUAGAAAUUGUUUGCGCGGAAAGAGGCUUUACAUUGGUUAGAACUCCACCCCGUUUGUGCAACGACAACGGUGUAAUGAUAGCGUGGAACGGUGUGGAAAGGUGGAUAGCAAACACAGGCGUUCUCCGAAAUAGAGAGGAGAUCGAAAAGGUAGCCGUCGAGAAAAAUGCGUUAUUCGGAGAAAGUUGGAUCGAAAGAGUACACGAUGCAGACAUAAAAUGUAAAUUAGUGAAAUUAAAUGGGCUUUGAACACACA